AUGGGUUUCUUUGAUAAGGUAGAGGCGAGAAUUAGCUCAAACUCGACCAUUCUUUGCCUAGGUUUGGACCCUAGAGACGAACAGGUGGAAAAAUUUUCCAAAACUGCAGAAUUUGAAAGGCUAUUCCAACUUAAUGUAGAUAAAAAAGAAAAUUGGUAUAAACUUGAUAAAAAUUCUACCUAUGUUAAACUUAAACUCUACUGCCUACACAUUCUUGACAACACACUAGACCAUGUGUGCUGUGUAAAGCCGAAUUUGGCCUUUUUCCUAUCCAGAUUAACUGAUGGAGUUCAGGUUUUGGUAGAGUUGUGUAAUUAUUUAAGGGAAUUAAAUGUUCCGGUACUGCUGGACUGCAAACUUGGCGACAUCGGCACAACGACCGAAUACUACAAGAAGUUUGUGUUUGAGGAGCUCAGAGCAGACUCUUGCACUGUGAACACGCUCCUAGGGUCUGAUGUUCUCAAAUCCUUCUGUUCCGACUCUUCCAAUAAUUUUGUAAAUGACCUUUUCGUGCUCGCCAAAUGCUCCAAUGAGUCAUCACAAGAGUUCCAGUCUGCUCUUUUAAAGGAUGGGACCCCUCUUUAUUUACGUGUGAUUCAACAAUCUGAGAAAUUCCUAGAGAAUAACAGUUGUAACUGUAAGUUUGGCUACGUUGUCGGAUCAAACUGCGUUGAUGAGAUUAGGAGAAUUAGGGAAAGCUAUGAGUGUUAUCUUUUGGUGCCAGGGAUAGGAUCUCAGGGCGGCGACCUGGAACAAACACUAAGAUACGGCCUAAACAAGAACAAGGGAGGCUUAAUUGUGCCCAUCUCCAGAUCAAUCACUGAUACUGAUGUAUGCCUAAAGUUUCUCAUAGUGUUUCAGGACCCGAAUAAAAGCGCUGUAUAUUACAAGAAUCUAAUCAACAAGUAUAUUAAGUAG